AUGCAAAGCGUGGAGCAAAAAGAUGUACCUGGCGUCUCACCUCUUUUAGAGGAGGACGAACUCAAAGAGGGAAACGGCCACUUGCGUCUUGGAAAUAUCUCGGGAACGGGCUCCAAUGGCCGGACAUCCAAGGGGAUCUUCCAGCAGCAAUCGCGGAGAUGUCGAUGCAUCAGGCUCCUGCAACUUGCUCACAACACAAACCAUGAAAACCUCCUAAAAGUUCCACCAUACGGAAGCUUCAACACGAUCAUGGUCGUAAAGGCGCAGAUCUUGACGCUUCGGAGCCAUGCCUUGCAGUCAGUCUUGACUGGGAUCCUGGACGUCGGCUCAUCUCCUCAACCGUUUUAA